GUUUCCACGGACAUGUUGCUCAUCAUCCCCACUUAAGAAUUCACUUCAUCUAAGUAACCACCGUUCUCGACAUCGAGCAUGGUAUCUCUCACGAAAGCGUUGGCCGUCUUUGGCCUUGCCGUCCUUGCCCAAGCCCAGAUCCCGUCCUUCUUUGACGACAACGCGCAAGCUGAAAGCAUUUGCAACACGGACGAGUCUCAAAACGUCGUGUGCUACAAGGACUCUGAACCUGCCAAGGUGUCCAAGUCGUCGGCCGUGGCCCGGCUGAAGAUCUCCGAGUCGUGGUGCACGGGCUGGCUGUUUGGAUCCGAAGGCCACCUGAUCACCAACAACCACUGCAUCAACAACGACGCCGCCGCCGCCAACACCCGCGUCGAGUUUGCCUCCGUGACUCCUGGAUGCCAGGAUUCGGUUUCCUUGGGCAGCAACCCUGGUGUGUAUGCGACAACGAACGUGUCGUUGAUUUUGAACGACGUCAAGUUGGACUUCGCCCUGGUCAAGCUCAACCUCGUCGACGGGUUCGACCUGUCGCCGUACGGGUACCUCCAGGCGUCUGAGGCAUCUGUGAACGUCAACGAUACAGCCUACGUGAUGGGGCAUCCAUACGGAAAGCCUCGUCGCAUUGCGAUGGUCAAGGACGGCACCACAGCGGGUCGCAUUACAACCACCAAUUACACCGAGCGGGUGCAGACCGACUGUUACAACGUGGACCGCUUGGGCCACAACUUGGACACGGAAGGCGGGUCGUCUGGUUCGCCACUGAUGAGCGCCACGAGCAACCUCGUCAUUGGGCUGCACAACUGCGGGGGGUGCAAGGCCUCUACAAGGGCGUACGGCUCCAACUAUGCGAUCAAGAUAACGUACAUUGUCAACCUCCUUCGUGAAAAGAAUGUCCUCCCCAAGGACGCUGUCAAAUCCAGCACAACCGUUUCUCCUACGACCACGCCUACCACCACUGCCCCUACUACAACGGCCCCUACUACUACCACGACCCCUACUACCACGGCCCCUAGUACCACGACCCCUACUACCACGACCCCUACUACCACGGCCCCUACUACCACGGCCCCCAGUACCACCGCUACCCCUACCACCGCUACACCUACCACCACGCCAUCUACCACCACUGUUCAAUCUACCGUUGCACCAGUCCCAUCCAAGUGCUCCCCCAUCGAAGACAACACGGAUUACGCUGGCUUCGAUGUGGCGUCGACGUCGCGCGCCAACGCAGCCGACUGUUGUGUCGACUGCGAUAGUAUCCCCGGAUGCAAAUUGUUUGUCUGGUCGCCCUUCAACGGUGGCACGUGCUGGUUGAAGUCUCAAGUGGGCACCAAGGUCACGAGUGUCGGCGUCAAGUCGGCCGUCUUGACCAGCCCCGUGACCACGUCAGCUCCUCCCCCGACCCCGCCCCCCAGUCUCUGCUUGCCAGCCAAGGCCAACUACGAUUUCCCCGGCAACGACAUCUCGUAUGUAUCGAGUCGGCAGUUCAAAGACUGCUGUGCCGAGUGCACAAGCACCUAUGGCUGCAACUUUUACGUGUGGACCGACUACAACAGCGGCACGUGCUGGCUCAAGUCUAAACAAGGCAGCGACAAGGUGCUGUCGUUUGGGUCCCGUGCUGCGUUCGCCCCUGGUGGGGGUGUCGACUCCACUUGCUCGCCCGUCGAGGUCAACACAGACUACGCUGGUGUAGACAUUGUCGGCGUCGCGGGCCCCCUCGAUACGUGCUGCGACGCAUGCAAAGCCAACUACAAGUGCAAUGCGUACAGCUGGUUCAACGGCGUGUGCUACCUCAAGGGCAAGCGCCACGGAGCGUCCCCCAAUUCGCAUGUGCAGUCGGCACGCGUGUACAAGUGUGCGGCACCACAAGUCAACACGGAUUACGUCGGCAACGACAUUGGCAGCGUGGUGGCUGAAGCUGCCGAAGACUGCUGCGCCGUGUGCCGCAGCACGGCCAAGUGCAAGGCGUAUUCGUACGCGCAAGGGGUUUGCUACUUGAAGAGUGCCAAGGGGGUCACCAAAUCGAAUGGUGGCGUCACGUCGGCCACCGUCGCGUAGUAGGCACGAUGCUAUAGAGAAGUGACCGUGUUCUAUGUACUAAUUCCACAACUCCAUGUUCUGUCGCCA